AUUAAAAAUGACUCGACGUCUUCCCCUCAGGUCAUCCUGUUGUCCUUCGUCUGCCUGACUCUCGUCGUCACCUACCUGAAGGUGCUCUGCGCUGCUCAGGCGGCGUCCAGAUCUGACCGGGCCUCGGCCAGAAACGCCCGCAACACCAUCCUCCUGCACGGCGUCCAGCUGCUCAUCUGCCUGCUCUCGUACACCUCUCCCUUCCUGAUCUUGUCUUUGGUCACCGUUUGGCCCCACAAGACCGUCGACAUCAUCUUCAGCUGCUACCUGUUGACCAACGUGCUCCCACGCCUGCUCAGCCCGCUCAUUUACGGCGCCCGGGACAAGAAGUUCAGCAGCCACAUCAGGCUGCUCUUCUUCUGUGAAUGCUGCCGCCCUGCAGGACAGAGAGUGAACGCCAUGACAGGGUCGAGAAGAAUGUCAAACAAAUUGUCACCCUGA